AGCAGUGAAACCCAACCAAAAGGUCUUUGAAACAUUUUUAAAUCAUUCGCUGACCGUGUCACGUCGCCAUCUUUCUUUUCGGAAAAUUUUGACGGCGGUGAGAGUUAAAUAUUAAAUAUGGGUACCGUCGAACGUUCUGGUGACGACCACACAUCCGAAAUGGAGUCUGCAGAAGAAGAAGAAGUCGUCGGAAGUGGUGAACUAGCGCAACACCUGUUGAAAAGUGGCGUGACCCGUAAUGAAAUGAUAGCGGCCAUCACAAAUCGCCUUCAUGCAGAAGCGAUGGCAUCCCUACCCCCGAAUGUUCGUCGGCGAAUCCGCGCCUUGAGAACUCUUCAGAAGGAGUUUGUCGACAUUGAGGCCAAGUUUUACAGUGAAGUACAUGCACUCGAAUGCAAAUAUGAAAAACUUUACAAGCCUCUUUAUGAAAAGCGAGCUCUUAUUGUGAAUGGCACAUAUGAACCUAAUGAUGAUGAAUGUCUCAACCCAUGGCGUGAUGACACUGAAGAAGAAGAGUUAGCUCGGGCGGUACAAAAUGCUGCCAUCACUGAGGGUGAGGAAAAGAAGGAUGACAAGGCUAUCGAGCCUCCAAUGGAUCCCAAUGUAAAGGGUAUCCCAGACUUUUGGUACAACAUAUUCAGGAAUGUCUCAAUGCUCAGCGAAAUGAUGCAAGAACAUGAUGAACCAAUUCUAAAAUGCUUGCAAGAUAUUAAAGUGCAAAUGCAUGAAGACCCCAUAAGCUUCACUUUGGAAUUCUACUUUGCUCCAAAUGAAUACUUCACAAAUACAGUACUUACUAAAGAGUACUUAAUGAAGUGCAAGCCCGAUGAAGAGAGUCCAUUAGAAUUUGAAGGUCCUGAAAUUUAUUCUUGCAAGGGAUGUGAAAUAAACUGGAAUGCUGGUAAAAACGUAACUGUCAAGACCAUAAAGAAGAAACAGAAGCACAAGUCCCGUGGGUCAGUUCGCACUGUCACUAAGUCCGUCCAAGCUGACUCCUUCUUCAAUUUCUUUAACCCACCAACUCUGCCGGAAGAUCCUAACUCUACAGUCGCCUCUGAUGUACAGGCGUUGUUGACUGCGGACUUUGAGAUCGGUCACUACAUCCGCGAGCGCGUCGUGUCUCGUGCCGUGCUGCUCUACACCGGCGAGGGACUCGAGGACGAUGACGAUGACGAUUACGAAGAAGAGGAGGAUUCGUACUCUGACGAAGACUCCGGUACCGAGGAAGUUUCCGACGUGGAGGAUUGAUACGAGACCGUCCCCCCUAGCCUUCUAUAAGCCUCAGAGGCAUUCGUCCGACUCGAUCGCUUGUAUUUAUUGCAACAAAUAACAUAGGAACCUCUAAAUAAACGCACACGACAUCGCUGUGCUGCUAGCUGUCGUGAUCAUAUCUGGCUCAUAUCAAUUGUAAACGAAUUCUAAAGAAUAGCGCGUCGGGCUCCUUGUAAAUCCCUAGUAUUUAUGUUUCUCGCUACAAGUUUCUAUGCAUGAUUUAUCCUUUGAUUAGAUAAAUAUGUUUUAGAAAUUGAUAUAAGGUCUAUUCCGAAAGAGCAGACUGCGAGAAGUGAUCGGUGCCUUCUUAAUGUGUAAUGCAUGUUUAAUCUUAGAUUUUUGUAAUGAUAAACUACUGAUGCAUUUCUAGUUAAACAAAUUCGUUUUUAUUUAUUAUACAGUCAUUAUAGUGUGUAUUUUUUUUUUGUUCACGAGUUUUGCUUAUUCGUUUAUUUUUACUUUGAAAUUUCAUGUGAUAUUAUUAAUCUCUUAAGAUGAUUUGUUUCUUACUUUUAAUGUGUUGUCAUUCCAAUAGUACUGUUGCCGAGACAGGCUUGUCCUUGAACCGGAAUAUUUGUUGAAUCUCUUAGUGCCAAAAUGCAUUUAAACAAAUUCAUCAUUUCAGCAUUGCUAACUGUGAUCUAUCCAAUUUAUAUUUUAUGAUAACUUGACAAUAGCUAGGGAGUAUAGAUAUAUUUUUUAUUUAUGUAACUUUCUAUUGAAGUUGGCAUAAUAAAGUUAAUGUAUGGCAGCCACUCAGGUAGUUGUACUUGGUUUUAAUGGCUUCUUAUGUUUUUGGCAUGAUGUCGUUAAUAGUGACAUUAAAAUUGUAUGCUUUUUACAAAUGUGUUUUAUUUCACCUCGUUUUG